UGGGAGGAUUAGGCACAAGUAGGGGAGGUUCAUGCAGGAUGGGCAGUAACAAAUGUUUUAUACCAGAAACUGUGUUUCAUGGCAUGAAGGCAGCCUACCAGGCACUAUGUAGCACCAGGCAAUUGGAAUUCUAUUCACUACAGCUCUGUGGACAAGGAGCUCCCUACCUGGCCAUUUUGACACUAAACUAUUUAUGCCUGGACAGUUUUAGACGGUGCAGUCUUGCUACAUGGUGUGAGAAAUGGCUGUAGGAAACAACACUCAACGAAGUCAUUCCAUCAUCCCGUGUUUUAUAUUUGUUGAGCUUGUCAUCAUGGCUGGGACAGUGCUGCUUGCCUACUACUUCGAAUGCACUGACACUUUUCAGGUGCAUAUACAAGGAUUCUUCUGUCAGGAUGGAGACUUAAUGAAGCCUUACCCAGGGACAGAGGAAGAAAGCUUCAUCACCCCUCUGGUGCUCUAUUGUGUGCUGGCUGCCACCCCAACUGCUAUUAUUUUUAUUGGUGAGAUAUCCAUGUAUUUCAUAAAAUCAACAAGAGAAUCCCUGAUUGCUCAGGAGAAAACAAUUCUGACCGGAGAAUGCUGUUACCUGAACCCCUUACUCCGAAGAAUCAUAAGAUUCACAGGGGUGUUUGCAUUUGGGCUUUUUGCUACUGACAUUUUUGUAAACGCCGGGCAAGUGGUCACCGGGCACCUGACGCCGUACUUCCUGACCGUGUGCAAGCCCAACUACACCGGCGCGGACUGCCAGGCGCACCACCAGUUCAUCAACAACGGCAACAUUUGCACCGGGGACCUGGAGGUGGUAGAAAAGGCUCGGAGGUCCUUUCCCUCCAAACACGCCGCGCUGAGCAUUUACUCCGCCUUAUACGCCACGAUGUACAUUACAAGCACAAUCAAGACGAAGAGCAGUCGACUGGCCAAGCCGGUGCUGUGCCUCGGGACCCUCUGCACAGCCUUCCUCACGGGCCUCAACCGGGUCUCUGAGUAUCGGAACCACUGCUCAGACGUGAUCGCAGGCUUCAUCCUGGGCACCGCCGUGGCCCUGUUUCUGGGAAUGUGUGUGGUUCAUAACUUUAAAGGAACACAAGGAUCUCCUUCCAAACCCAAACCUGAGGAUCCCCGUGGAGUACCCCUAAUGGCUUUCCCAAGGAUAGAAAGCCCUCUGGAAACCUUAAGUGCACAGAAUCACUCUGCCUCCAUGACCGAAGUUACCUGAAACAACUGACAUGUCACAAGCUGUUUUUUAAAUCACCUUCCAAUUCGAUACUUCAAAAUACACAGUUACUCAAUGUCAAACUGUGAGGACAAAUAUUAUGUUUAUCUAGUUAGAAGCUAAUGUUUUGUACAUUUUUUGUAUAAGGAAGUGAUGUAGCUUGCCCUGAUUUUUUUUUUUUUUUUUUUUUGGUCAGCUUUAAUAUAUUUAUGCCAGAAUUUUAAAACCAACAAAAAUUUCUUCUUAUUCAAGUGUGCAUUGAAGAACCACAUUUAUUCAAUGGUUGAUGUUGUUUUGUGAUAUUUGUACACAAACCUUCUUUUUUCAGUUUUAUAAACAGAAAUAAAUAUAACAAUUCACUUUAAACUUUUAUUACUACAGUUGCUGCCUCUUCCAGAGUUUUUGAAUUUUAAUGAAAGUUAAACUUUUGAGUUGCAGGAAAGACCAUGCUGGUUAAUGAUUAAUCUCAAAAUCAGUUGUGUAAAAUAAUCAUCUUCAAAAAGAAUUUUGUAUUUUGAUCUCUUAACAGGUUGUUGCAUUCAAAGUUAAAGUAAUAAAUUAAUGAAGCCAUCUUGUUAUACAAACAAUUGUCAGAAAAUCCUGGAUUUGGGGGGUGUUGGGGUUAUGCGAUUCUUUCUUUGAGAAUGGCCUCGCUCACCUCAGAACUCGAGACCUUUAUGGAAUCCUGUCACUGAGCAGGCAGGUGACACUGCAGCCUCCUUUCCAAAAAACAGCCAUCACCAGCCUUCCCUGUCAACUCAACAGUUUUGUAUAUCAUAUUGUAUGGACUUUAUAUGAAAAUGAAUAUUUUACAGUUUGCACAGUAUUAUUUUACAGAAAGGGAAUCAGAACAUCUACGGCAUAGAGCCCCAGAGCAACAGCUUCACUUUGUGGCUUUUAAUUGUUCUAGAAUUUUAACUGCAUCUCAUUUUUCUAGCAUGGUGAUAACUAAUGUGUAACUUCUUUGAGAGAAGGAGCUCCUUUGUCUGUACCUAUCAGAAUGUUUUCUCGACACUUCCAUAUUGGCUCUUCUUAGAUUUUUUUGUACAUAUUUUUUUUUCUAAAGAGAAGAAAAAGUUAUCACAAAAUGUA